AUGGCUGAAUCAAAAGUUCCACUCGAGACUGUUAUUAAACAUCUCUCGGACAUACUUACUCAACAGAGUACUGUGAUUACUCGAUUAGAGCAAACAAUGGGAUCUAUUUUAUCUGAAGUAGAUACUCGUAUUACUACGUCUCGUGCAGAGACUCAACAAGAAAUUAAAUCGCUGGAAACAACUAUUACAUCAAAAUAUACUAUGCUUACACAGGUAUUUGACAAUAUACAAUCUUUGAGUACAGGUGUUCACGAACUAAAAGCUCUGUUCACGAAUCACCAAACACUUCAAUCUCCAACACUCGGACAUCCUUUGCUGAAUAACCCCAUAGCUAACCCUACUACACCAAUACAACUUACCCCACCUAAUUUUAUCAACACUUCAACAGCUAUACCUUACGAACGUUCCUAUGGUCAGCAAUCUCCAUUCUCAACUGAACAAAACAAUACAACUGUCUCUGACUCUUUAUGGCCCGUCGGAAUCGAAUCAUGGCAUCUUCAUGAAAUCAAACCACAACGAGAAUGCUUUACACGUAAAACUCUUUCAGUGAUGUUAAUGAUAACUCAAUUUACUGACAGUGAGCCUCAACCAAAGCACCCAGAAGACUACUGCGAACUUGAAACGCAUAUUUUAUCUGGUGAACUUGUGCAUCCAAUCGGCUAUUUUGACGACGAACAACCUCAAUCAACAGUGGUACCAGAAUCUAAUCUACUCAAAUCUGAUGAGUUAAUCCCUCAUGAUUCAGAUAAAUCACCACAAACAGCAUGUGCCGUUUCAUUUGCCCUUGGUGUUGUAUGUAUUGAUAUGUUUUGUGAUCAAUAUUCGCUUGUUUCUUCGUCACUGACUUCUUUUCAAUUUAAUACAUGUACUUCGUAUUAUCAUAAUGCUUUUCAGCAACCAUGGUACAUAUCACUGGUUACACUCGUACCAAUGACCAUAGCUACUGUAUUCAUGUGGCGAAACAUGACACGAACGAUUUAUGAUAUUCCCAUGUAA